GGUGGAUCCGUAAAGAAACCAGCCGGCUAGGAGAGGGAGGGGAGGAGCCCAGCUGUGAGGUGUGUGUUCCCAAGAACCAUGUCUACGCGGGAGUCCUUUAACCCGGAAAGUUAUGAAUUGGACAAGAGCUUCCGGCUAACCAGAUUCACUGAACUGAAGGGCACCGGCUGCAAAGUGCCCCAAGAUGUCCUGCAGAAAUUGCUGGAAUCCUUACAAGAGAAUCACUUCCAAGAAGAUGAGCAGUUUCUGGGAGCAGUUAUGCCAAGGCUUGGCAUUGGAAUGGAUACUUGCGUCAUUCCUUUGAGGCAUGGCGGUCUUUCUUUGGUUCAAACCACGGAUUACAUUUACCCCAUCGUUGAUGACCCUUACAUGAUGGGCAGGAUAGCAUGUGCCAACGUCCUCAGUGACCUCUACGCCAUGGGGGUCACGGAAUGUGACAAUAUGCUGAUGCUCCUUGGGAUCAGUAAUAAAAUGACUGACAGGGAGAGGGAUAAAGUGAUGCCCCUAAUUAUACAGGGUUUUAAAGAUGCAGCAGAGGAGGCGGGAACGUCUGUGACUGGUGGCCAAACGGUGUUAAACCCCUGGAUUGUUCUAGGAGGAGUGGCUACUACUGUCUGCCAGCCCAAUGAAUUCAUCAUGCCAGAUAAUGCAGUCCCGGGGGAUGUGCUGGUGCUGACGAAGCCCCUGGGGACGCAGGUGGCUGUGGCUGUGCACCAGUGGCUGGACAUUCCUGAAAAAUGGAAUAAGAUCAAGCUAGUGGUCACCCAAGAAGAUGUAGAGUUGGCGUACCAGGAGGCGAUGAUGAACAUGGCCAGGCUCAACAGAACAGCUGCAGGACUCAUGCACACGUUCAAUGCCCACGCUGCCACCGACAUCACGGGCUUUGGGAUUUUGGGGCACGCACAGAACCUAGCCAAGCAGCAGAGGAACGAGGUGUCCUUCGUGAUUCACAACCUCCCUGUCCUGGCCAAGAUGGCUGCUGUGAGCAAGGCCUGUGGAAACAUGUUUGGCCUCAUGCAUGGGACCUGCCCAGAGACAUCAGGAGGCCUCCUCAUCUGUUUACCACGAGAGCAAGCCGCCCGGUUCUGUGCAGAGAUCAAGUCUCCCAAAUAUGGGGAGGGCCAUCAGGCAUGGAUUAUUGGGAUCGUGGAGAAAGGCAACCGCACCGCCAGAAUCAUAGACAAGCCCCGGAUCAUCGAAGUUGCACCGCAGGUGGCCACUCAGAACGUGAACCCCACCCCGGGUGCCACCUCUUAAUCUAGACCCAAGUAGCUAUCUGGUUUUGUUUUUAAAUAGAGCUAUUUCUUUUUUCAUCAUUUCAAUUAAAGACGAUACACGACAACAAAAAUCUCAUUGUGUCUACACAUCUGGUGACCUUAGGUCGAUUUGUGAGUGGAUGCAAUUAAUAAAAUAAAAUCCAUUGCCUUUUUUUCCUGUUACAUUAACUGAAGAUGCACCUAAUCUUGAGGCAGCUUCUGAGUUGAGAAUUAUAUUGUUAUCCAAUACUGUUGAUUCAUUUUGAAUCUUUAGACACUUAUCUCUUGCCGCGUAGGCUCUUUCUAAAGGUGCUCCCCCGUGGCACAGACAUUACCGGUCGUGGUGUCAGAGAGCAGUUGGUGUCUGUUCAUUUCGUGCGUAUUUAUCAUUAUCAGUCUGGUCUUUUUUUAAGUGUCUUGGAUGAUAUUCUGGAAAGAUGGAAGUGGUAAGUGACACAGUGAUAUCCCCAUAGUGAGAGGGUCAUAUGGUUCCUUCCAGCCUUUGCUUUGUAAAGCCCAGUCUUCUCAAUUCGAGAGCAUCUCUUCUGACCCAGGACACUUUCCCAGGAGAGCAUUCAGUUAAACAAGGCAAGUGCUUAACUCUGCAUGGAAAGCACUUGGAAGACAAAAAAGAAAUUUAAUUUCUUUUUUGGUAGCCUUCCUAAUAUUUACAAUAAUACCAUUUAACUGUUUCCUUUAUCGACAGCAAGAAAGGAUACUUUUUGCCAUGUAAUUAGAUGUUCUAUAGUAAGACAAGGAAUUGGCCUUCCGGAAGGGGGUUCAUGUAUGAUACUCAUUUACAAUUCAAUAUAUAAUUAACUACACAAAUAAUUUUUAAAUAUAAUCAAUAAUAAAGACUGUUCUGUGGAUGGUAGUGUUUAAUACAUUUUAUAUUUUGUAUAGUGAUUUCAGGCCUUUUGUUUUCUUAAAAUCAGCAGUUAUUUAGCCGAAUUUUUAGCAUUAUUUUGUCCUUGGCGCCAGUACUUUGUGCACGCUUUUUGUGAUCUGUGUUAAAAAUCCGCAUUGCCAACAUCACAGCUCGAACUUAAACUUGUUCAAAUAAAUAUUUAAUUUUUUUUAUUGCUCUUGUAUAAUCAGAUGCCC